AUGAACACCGGAAGCCACCACAAGAUGGAAUUGAACAACUUCCUCCAAGGCCUGCCCAACGGGUCGCCACUCAAGGCGUCCGGCGCAAACUGGAUUGUAGGUUACACAGGCCCUGAACAUGAUCGUCGUUGGCACGCGGCUGUGACAAUUGCUGGGCGGACUUGGGAUGCAGAGGACGGGAACAAGCGCGAUGCUCAAGAUACGGCUGCUGAGUUGGCGCUCAAAGAACUGAGGGGUUUCUAG